ACUCGUCGCCAACCACCACGCUCCCUCCUCCGUUACCUCCCGACGUCCCUCCUCCCUAACGAGAACCCCCUCCACCUCCCUCCUCCCUUCCCCUCCUCUCUCGCAUAAUCUCCCAUCCCUAGCAUCCCCCCCUCUCUCCCUCUCUCUCUCUCUCUCUCAGAAGGUGCAACACCAUCAAUGGACGCUCGCGUCCCCGAUCGGGACCGCCCCGACGACGACAAUUCCCCCGCCACUUCUGAAUCUUCCUCCGACAUUGGUGACGGCGGCGCUGGGUUCCGAACAUGGAUUGCUAGUCGAGGUCGUGGUCAGAAACAGGAACCCGAUCAGAGAGAUCAAAUACAGUUUGCCGGAGGGAGCGUUCAGCUUUGCUUCUGCAGGUAAUCUAGAAUGGUAGUGUUUGCAUUGGUAGAGGAUUUGCUUUGGUAGCUACCUUGCAUUUUAUUUUGGUAUUGUUUGCAUUAUGCUUUGGUAGUGUUUGCAUUAUGCAUUGGUGGUUACCUGCAUUUUCUUUGGUAGUGUGUGCAUUACGCUUUGGAAGUUACCUGCAUUUGUGUUGGUUAGAUGGAGCAUUAUGUUUUAGUAGUUAUCUGCAUUUGGUUCGGUAAUGGGUGCAUUAUGCUUUGGUAGUUUCUCUGUAUUUGUUUUGGUAGUGUUUGUAUGGAUUUAUUUAUGCAAUGGUAUUGUUUUAAUUUCGUAGUAGUAGUGGUAUUGGUUGUUUUGGUAUUUGUUUGACUUUGGUAAUGGUAUAGAUUGUUUAUAUUGGUAGUUUUCUUGUAAUGGUAUAGAUUUAAUUCUGCAAUGGUGUAGACACCACAUUUUGUCCGGAAUAAUCGUUUUAUUGAAAAUAAUUAUUGUCACGUCGUACUAUGAUUAUAUUUAAAAAGGAAGUUGAAGCUAGUUUGGUUGCGACUAGCAGUUGCAAGUCAAUAUGAACCAACAAUUAUCAAAUUUGCUCCUAGUCGAUUCUAGGGCAUAAUUAUUUAAGAUAGGAUCGGUUUAAGUUAAUAUUAGCAAUGGCAAAUCUUAAAUAUAAAUUCCCAAUUGGAUGGAAGAAAUGACUAUAGUGCAAAUUUUGUUGUUCGAGUUCGGAUUUGGAUUCGGUAUUUGAAAUGAGAAAAAUUGAAUAGUGGAAUGAGCUUUAUUAUCAAGAUUCAAAGUUGAUACAUCGUACAACUUGGGUAAUGACCUCUAAAUAAAGCGAGAAUUAGAUUUAAUUACAAUGACUAAUGCUAACUCUACAAAAUUUGGGCCACGCAAUUUGAUUUGUACAUAUACAAUUACAAAGAGAGAAAUAUUUGAGCCUUGAGGCAUGAAUCUAGCCCACUGGCCCAGCUUUCUCAGUCAACCAAGCCCAAAUACCUGGAAAAAAAGAGAAGAGACCAAUUAGUCCAAUUCAAGAUUUUUAAGCCCAAAAUAGGCUGUCACUCGAGCUCAGUUUCUAACCCAAAACCAGAGACCCAAUUGGCCAGCAGAGAAACUAAAUCGGUCCCAACGAAAUCCAGCCCAAACCCAACAGACCCAAUUCGGCCAACCAGUUCUGUCCAAAAACUAACCAUAAACCAACCUUGACCAAUUCGGUAUGACCAUAUCUUAUCCAGCUGACCAGACACACUCUUCAAAGUUAGAUUAAAAAAAUGGACGAAUCAUAUUGUGACACGUGGCCGUUUGGUUUGCUUUAAAUGAUCUCCUUAUGCUCUUUGUUAGGGUGGACGGAUUGGAGGAGAAAAGAAAACUCUACAGAAAUACAUAUAAGAAACACUUCCUUCUACACACUCCUGGAGAAAGUUCCAUUCAUAUCAUAGGGUACGAUCAAGGCAGAGAAAAAGAUUUCCAGAGGAACAAGGAUCCAAUGUCUAGAUAUUUGUAAGGAGGUGCAUAGGCCCAGGGAUUUGAACCAGGUUGGUAACUCGCAAACUUUCUUUUUUAUUUGGGUAGUGAUGACAUGAAUCCUUUCUAUUACCAAUCUCGUUUGUUAUAUUACUUCCAAUUACUACUAUUUAGUGUAUAACCUGUUGAUAUCGUCUUCUGAUUCAAGUUAUUAUCAACUAUCUAAUUACAUUUCCAUAUUAUCAACUAUCUAUUUACAUUUCCAACUAUUCGCUUACUACGCUUAUUUGAAACCCGUAUUAACAAAGCUAUGUGCUCACACAAGUUUCCUAGUUCUUUUUAUGUGUAAUCUACCUUUUAGAGAAAGUUGAAAUAAUAUGAAAAUUAAUAGGGGUAGUAAUCCAAUGUGGUUAGUUUUUUCCUAGUUCCAAAACUACCCGUCAUAUAAUCUUAACCAUCCAUUUAAAAAAUAGAAGAAUGAGACAGGAGAGAGAAUGUGUCUAAUGGCUACAAAGUGGGUUGUGAAUCUCACAACCCGUGAGGGGGUUGUGAUGUUAUCUCAUCCUUGCUUAGUAGAUCACCAUCCCACUAUAAAUUUUACGCUAGGUUGUGCUUGUUUUGUUACAUGUCAGAUCCUAUCACGUGUGGGAAGGUCCGAGACGAGUUUCAGGUCAUUCAUAGGUCAAAACGAGCCAAAAGUGGAGGUUGGGCCCUGUUCACGGGUUGGAGCUUCAGUUCACGAUCUCUAAGAACGUGAACUGAAUGCCCAAACCGUGAAGUGACCAAUUUCCAACACAGUUUUACAGGUACUGGCUUCAAGUCAGUUCACAGUCUUAGACACCGUGAACUAAAGCCUCAAACUGUGAAGUCGUCAGUUCACUAUCUCUAAGACCGUGAACUGAUCAACGCGGUCGUGAACUGAAACCUAAGACCGUGAACUGAGCCCGAUCUGGGUAUAAAAAGGGCUUUGAGCUUAAGGAAAGGAGGAGCUGGUCUUUGGAGAGGGAUUCGAUUCUCUCUUUAGGGUUUCAACCCAAAACACCGAAGGGGAGUUAUAGAGAGGGAGAGAGAGAGAGAGAGAGAGUGCUUGAGUGAUAUUGGAGCUUAAUUAGAGGCAUGGGUUCAUAUUGAAUACAAGGAUUCAAGCUUAGAAGAAGAAGAAGAUCUUGGGCUCCAAUUUGUAAUUUCUCUCUUCUCUCUCUAGAAACUCACCCUCUUCUCUUGGUUUAAGAACCCUAGGGCUAGAUUUGGGUUUAACAUUGAUGUAUGUGACACAUUCCAUGUUCGAUUGAUGAUUUUACUUAAUUGAUGGAUGUUUUCAUGAAUGACAUGAAUUUGGUUUCCAUUUUCAUGUAUUGAGCUUUUGACCUAGGAGGGAGAAAAAUCUACUUAGAACCCAUUAUUGGCGUAUUCGAGUCACUCCACACACUAUAUCGUUCGGGUAAUCCCCGAGGGAGUCGAUUCCAUCAAUCUCCUACGAUAUAGGGUUGCCCUAGGUUGAAUAGAGCUUACCACAUUAAUCGAUUCGCCGUUCCGGGUCAUUCCUGAAGGAGUCCAUCUCCUAACGGGAGAGUAAUUGAGUGAAUUGAGCGUUUGACCUAGGAGGGUAACAAAUCCUCACCCUAUAUCAUCCGGGCAAUCCCAGAGGGAGUCGAUUCCAUCAAUCUCCUACGAUAUAGGGGUUCACAAGGUUGAAUAGAGCUCCUACCCAUCCAUCACGUCACUGUUCCGGGUCCGUCUCGAGGGAGUUCAUCUCCGAAUGAUAGGAUAGUGGGUCGAUCAAGCUCAGAUGGUACUCAACAUCGAUCAUAUGACGGAUCUAGGAGGAUUCAAACCAAGGGAUCUCCCUACCUUGUAAAUAGCUAGGAUUAGUGGUUAGUCUAUGUUAGUUAGUUUAGUUGUAUUAAUUACUAUACUAGGUUGGCUCGAUAAUGAACGCUAAACCUGUAGUAGGGUAAGCAUAGAUCCCCGUGGGUCGUGGUUAUACAUGGUUGUCGAUCGUGAUGUUGUAGUUAGUACGAGUCAAGUUUUUGGCGCCGUUGCGGGGGAGCCAUUCUAGGUUAUUUGAAAAAGGGUUAGGCUGUUACUUUAGCCAUUUUGUUUUUGUUUUGUGUUUCGUUUGUGUUUCGUUCACCCACUCUUCUCUUUGAAGGGUGGUUUGUGUUUGUUUGAUUUUCUUUUCAUUUUUUUGUAGUUGUAGGUUGAAUUAUGGAUCCCAAUGGCUUUCACAACCUGUGUGGGUAUCCACAACCACUCGAAUGUGGGUACCCCGGGCCUUCAGGGGACAACCAAGAGGAUGGAAGCUAAGGAACCGGGUUUUAUGGUCAACCUCCCUUCCAAGAAGAACCAUGCCAAUGGGGAUAUGCAGAGGCUUCCCCAUACCAAGAAUAUUUCCCUCCACAGCUCGAGGAGAAAUUCAAGUUGGAGUUGGCCAUGGAAGCUUUCAUGGGGCAUACCCCUCAAGACAAUGUGCCACUCCACCAUCGGAGCCGAAGAGAUAAUUGGAGCUCAUGGUGGAGCGGUUUGCUCGAGGCACCGAUGAGGGUGCUUGAAUUUGGAUCUUCCCCAACCGGAAGUGAAGUCUAAGUUGGAGCUUGCCAUGGAGAAAUUUGAAAGAACAAGCUCUAACACAGAUUUCCAACCCCUCCCUCCUCCCGGUUUAACAUUAGAAGAGAAGGUGGCACGUGCUUGUGCAAGCUAUCGCCUCUCAUCAUUGGAAGAGAAUGAGGAGGUUGAAAGGGAGAUCAUUGACAACCGUGUGGAGAAAGAGCAACUCACCUCGGAGAGCUCCCGUGGUGAGGAUGAUCAAGAGGGUUGAAGACCAAGUCACUUUGGUGGAGAAGAAAGAGAAUCCUUUAUAUGAUUUUGCAUGACAUAUUGCCCUCCAAAUCGUACUUGAAGACAUGAAUGUGAAGGAGAAGGAAGAGGUUGAAGGGGAGGAAGUAAGCAUUGAAGAAAGGGAAGGUCUUGAUUGUUCCCAUGGGUAGGAAUAAUUUGAAAAAGACAGA